UCCACAUCCAGCAACCAAGAAAACAAUAUAAAAAACCUUCGAAAACUGCAAAAACCCGAAUAUUCAAAAGCCAACAAAGCUGUCUUCCUCCCUCACGCCACCGACCAACCAAAAUUCUGAGAGAUUACUGUUCCUGUUGGGUUUCCUUUUGCUCCACAGCUUUUUCCCCCUUACCUUCUAUCCAAAAAGAAGCAAUCUUUUUCCUUAUCUCCAAACAAAACCUUAAGAAAAGAAAAGGAAAAGACAUCAACUUUAUGUUUCAGAAGCUAAACCCAAAACAGACCAUCAAUUCAACUCCUCAAACGAAUCAGACUUUUCACUGUUUAUAAAUCCAAUUAUAUUUCAUAAAACAGCCCUUCAAAUUGUUUUUUCUUGAUUUGAUCAAAUCCAGCAAUGAUUUUACCAAGACUUUUCCUUUUUGUUUUCUUUUUUUCUCUUGUUUUAUGCAAUGAGCAAUUCAAUCCUCACAUUCUUCCAAGACCCUUGAUUUUAGAAACAACCCAGUUGAGGGAAGUUGACAAUGAAGUCAAAUUGCAAUGUACAAGCUGGAGAUUUGGUGUUGAAGCUAAUAAUUUGAAUCCAUGGAAAACAGUUCCCCUGGAGUGUGGAGAGUAUGUGAAAGAUUACAUGCUUGGAAGAGCUUAUAGUUUGGAUUUAGAAAGGGUGUCUAAUGAAUCUGGGGUUUAUGCAAAGAGUUUGAAAUUGAGUGGUGAUGGGAAAGAUAUUUGGGUUUUUGAUGUUGAUGAGACUUUGCUUUCUCAUCUGCCUUAUUAUGCUGAUCAUGGUUACGGCUUGGAGAUAUUUGAUCCAGCGGAGUUUAAUAAAUGGGUUGACAAGGCUAUCGCACCUGCUCUGGAGCCGAGUUUGAAGCUCUAUAAGGAGGUCAUGGAUCUGGGCUUCAAGGUUUUCUUGCUGACUGGACGCAGCGAGACGCAAAGGAGCGUGACAGAGGAGAACUUGAUCAAUGCAGGGUUUCAGAAUUGGGAUAAGCUUAUUUUGAGGGGAUCUGAGGAUCAUGGGAAAUUGGCAACAAUAUUCAAGUCGGAUAAGAGAAGCGAGAUGGUGAAAGAGGGAUUUAGGAUUCUCGGAAACUCCGGAGAUCAAUGGAGUGAUUUAUUGGGAUCCUUCAUGUCAAAUCGCUCCUUCAAGCUUCCGAAUCCUAUGUAUUAUAUUCUUUGACAUGGCCAAAAUUCUUCUAAAAUCAUUGUGCCCUGUAUAAGUAACUGUAUAAUAUGCAAGAAUCUGAUGCUGUGAAUUGUAAUGACUUUUAAAUUCUCUUUUACUUUGUAAUUUAUGAUGCUACUACGCGAAUGCCACUACUGUUACGGAUAA